GGCCGUGACAUAGUAAUGAGGGCAUUCAGAACCCAAACACGGACCUCCCUUCCAGCUCCCAAGUUCCACGUUCUUCUAGCUCAUACCAGUCCACGCUUUCUAACAUUUCCUUGGUUCUCCCAGGAGAAUUUCACACUUGAAUUCCAAGGGCCCAACAUCUGUACCACACGAGGUGUGAGCUCCUGCCAGCAGUGUCUGGGUGUGAGUCCUGUGUGUGCCUGGUGCUCAGAUGAGGACCUGCCUCUGAGCUCACCCCGCUGUAACCUGAAGGAAAAUCUGCUGAAGGAUAACUGUGCUCCGGACUCCAUUGAGUUCCCGAUCAGCGAGGUCCAAAUCUUGGAAGCCAGACCCCUCAGCAACAAGGGCUCUGGCGACAGCUCUCAGAUUACUCAAGUCAGUCCGCAGAGAAUUGCUCUGCGGUUACGGCCAGAUGAUUCGAAGAGGUUCUCUGUCCAAGUGCGGCAGGUGGAGGACUACCCUGUAGACAUCUACUAUUUGAUGGACCUGUCUUACUCCAUGAAGGAUGAUCUGAGGAGCAUCCAGAACCUGGGUACCAAGCUGGCCUCGGAGAUGCGCAAGCUCACAAGUAACCUGAGGAUUGGCUUUGGGGCCUUUGUGGACAAGCCUGUAUCACCGUACAUGUACAUCUCCCCACCGGAAGCCCUCAAAAACCCCUGUUAUGAUAUGAAGACCCCCUGUUUGCCCAUGUUCGGCUACAAGCAUGUGCUGACGCUGACUGACCAGAUGACCCGCUUCAAUGAGGAAGUGCAGAAACAGAGCGUGUCGCGGAACCGGGACGCCCCGGAGGGUGGCUUUGACGCCAUCAUGCAGGCUACGGUCUGUGACGAAAAAAUUGGCUGGAGGAAUGACGCAUCACACUUGCUGGUGUUUACUACCGAUGCCAAGACCCACAUAGCACUGGAUGGCCGGCUGGCGGGCAUUGUCCAGCCCAACGAUGGGCAGUGUCACAUUGGCAGUGAUAAUCAUUAUUCGGCCUCUACUACCAUGGAUUAUCCCUCUCUGGGGCUGAUGACUGAGAAGCUAUCUCAGAACAACAUCAAUUUGAUCUUUGCUGUGACUGAAAAUGUAGUCCGACUCUACCAGAACUACAGUGAGCUCAUCCCGGGGACCACCGUGGGGGUUCUGUCUGCCGAUUCCAGCAACGUCCUGCAGCUCAUUGUCAGUGCUUAUGGGAAAAUCCGUUCUAAAGUAGAGCUAGAAGUGCGUGACCUCCCCGAAGAGCUAUCUCUAUCCUUCAACGCCACCUGCCUCAACAACGAAGUCAUCCCCGGCCUCAAGUCUUGUGUGGGGCUCAAGAUUGGAGACACGGUGAGCUUCAGCAUUGAGGCCAAGGUGCGCGGCUGCCCCCAGGAGAAGGAGAAGUCCUUCACCAUCAAGCCCGUGGGCUUCAAGGACAGCCUCACCAUCCAGGUCACUUUCGACUGCGACUGCACCUGCCAGGCCUAUGCUGAGCCUUUCAGCCGCCGCUGCAAUAACGGCAAUGGGACCUUCGAGUGUGGGGUGUGCCACUGCGGGCCUGGCUGGCUGGGGUCCCAGUGCGAGUGCUCUGAAGAGGACUACCGGCCGUCUCAGCAGGACGAGUGCAGCCCCAAGGAGGGCCAGCCCGUCUGUAGCCAGCGGGGCGAGUGCCUCUGUGGCCAGUGUCUCUGCCACAGCAGUGACUUUGGCAAGAUCACGGGCAAGUACUGUGAGUGCGAUGACUUCUCCUGUGUCCGCUACAAGGGGGAGAUGUGCUCAGGCCACGGCCAGUGCAGCUGCGGGGACUGCCUGUGUGAUUCUGACUGGACUGGCUACUACUGCAACUGUACCACGCGCACUGACACCUGCAUGUCCAGCAACGGGCUGCUGUGCAGCGGCCGGGGCAAGUGUGAAUGCGGCAGCUGUGUCUGCAUCCAGCCCGGGUCUUACGGAGACACCUGUGAGAAGUGUCCCACCUGCCCGGACGCCUGCACCUUUAAGAAGGAGUGUGUGGAGUGUAAGAAGUUUGAGCGAGGAGUCCUGCACGAGGAAAACACCUGCCAGCGUUACUGCCGUGAUGAGAUCGAGCCUGUGAAAGAGCUUAAGGACUCUGGCAAAGAUGCAGUGAAUUGUACCUAUAAGAACGAGGAUGACUGCGUGGUUAGAUUCCAGUACUAUGAAGACUCUAGUGGGAAGUCCAUCCUGUACGUGGUGGAAGAACCAGAGUGUCCCAAGGGCCCUGACAUCCUGGUGGUCCUGCUGUCAGUGAUGGGGGCCAUUCUGCUCAUCGGCCUUGCUACUCUGCUUAUCUGGAAGCUCCUCAUCACCAUCCACGACCGGAAAGAAUUCGCUAAGUUUGAGGAAGAACGAGCCAGAGCGAAAUGGGACACAGGCAACAACCCACUCUAUAAAGAGGCCACAUCCACCUUCACCAAUAUCACCUACCGGGGCACCUAACAGCAAGCAGUCAUCCUCAGAUCACCAGCAGACCAUGCCGGAUGGCGGGAGUCUGUGCCAUCGUGUUUACAGAGGACAGUGUUUGGGGGCGGGAUUUGGGACCUGGAGUGGGGUGGGCUGGGAGAAUGUCAGUAUGUGGAAGUGUGGGGCUGUGUGUGUGUGUGUGUGUGUGUGUGUGUGUGUGUUGCAUGUGGGGAAAUGUGUAAUUUAAAACUUGUGAUGUGUCCCCACAAGCAGAGUUCAGCCUGCUAUUGUCCUCAGAAUGCCCCCUGCAGGGAUUUUUCCUGCUCAGCUUGACGGUGAUCUAUGGAGCUGAGCAGGUGUUCUUCAUUACCUCAGUGAGAGCCCAGCUUUCCCUGUCAGGCCACUGUCCCUGAAGCAUAGGACAGAGCUGAGGUCUCUACUUCCACAGGAAGGUACAGUAAGCCUGGGCUCCAUCUGUGUUCGUAAGUCUAUGGUUUCUUGGGUCCGGCUCUUGCCAUCGAUGGUAGGAACUGCUGGAGCGUGCAGCCCGGUUGCCUCUGUCUCCUUUCCCUUCUCUCAGGCUGGAGGGUGAGUCAGGGAAGAGUUGAACCCUCAGGGCUGCCUGUGCCUCUUGCCGUCACUUCGGUCCAGCUGGGGUCUCUCAUGAAGGGAGUCCUUAACAACUAACCCUCCCACCUGUUGGGAGUGAGGGCGGCAGGGUCACUCAGGGGUCAUGUGUGGCCCGGGGCAUGUGUUACCAUCCUCUAGUUCAUAUCUGCUAUCCUCAGAUUUGCCUAAUUUGGCAGCUCUCCCCUGGAAGUUUCUAGAAGUGUCAGCCUUAGACUAGCACCAUCUCUUUCCCUCCUACUUCCACACCCUCACUGUUGCAGACAGUUGUUACGUACAGGGAUUCCUUUCGUGCCUGAAGUGCUAUUCCUCCAAGGGAGAGUGCUCUGGUCGGGGCCAGAGGUCGGACUCUCCCUCUCCAGACCUUCUACCCCUCGUCCCAGGCACCUCUACAACCUAACUCUGGGCCGCUGUGUGCCACAUCCUUCCACGAGGGGGGUUGUAUCUACCUACCUCUUGGGUGUUUUGUGAAGAAGUCAUUCUCAUGAGUUUGCUGAGCAUAAAGGCCAGGAUGGAAUUGGGCCAAUUCCAUCAGCAUGUGUGGUUUGUUCUUCUAUGGGCUGGACAACCUCAUUUUAACGUCUUUAAUAUGGAGGCCGUAAGUGCAAUUUUAAUGUAUUUUUUCUCGCUGGGGUACCUGAAACCAUAAUGAGGUUUGCUUGAUCUAAAAGGAACAUGUCCAUGAACAUACUUGUAUUACGUUUGUAAUUUUAUUUGAUGACAAAGAAAGCCUAAAAAACCCCACAGACUUGGAUGGGGUGCAGACACUCCCAUUGGGCAUUAUUGGUGGCAAGUUGCUCCCCAGUUGCUGGGCCUGUAAGGGGCUGUCUCUUCCUGGAAGUCCGUGGGGAUGGACAUGUAUGGACAUGCUGCACUUUCCUGAGGAGGACAGACUGUUCUUGUGUCCCAGCAAGAGCAUUUGCUCCAUUGGUACUGACUUUUAGCUAACAUGAAAAACCAAGUCCCACCACCCAAGGAAAAGGGAAAGAUCCAUGAAUGAUAAUCAGAAAAUCUGAAUUCUGGCCUCAGUGUUGCAGCUUAAAGAAUCUUUACUAUUAAUUAGGAAAAGUUGCUUGCUUUUUCUCAGGACUCAAUUUUCUAGUUUGAAAAAUGAUGGGUUUACACUAGCCAGUCUUAAAUCUUGGAGCAGCUCUUUUAUUAUCAACACUCUAAGAUGCUGGGGUUCUCUGUGGCAUCAAACACACAGGUAUGAUCCUGGGAUGUAGCUCAGUAGUAGAGUGCAUACAAGCGUAAGGUCCUGGGUUUGAGUCCCAGCACUGACGAGAAAGGAGAUUCUGUGGGAUAGUACUAGUGUUUGUUUUUAGCUGAGAGGUGUGAGAGACCCGGCUUUGGCAACAGCAGGUGUCAUUCCCUAUCAACUUUCUCAACGAGAGUCACAUCCUACUCUCUUCCAGAGCCCCUUCUCCAACACUUGUUAACAGCUGUGUCUCCUGAUCUAACCCUUGAGCUCCACUUAGUUACCUUUCCUAGUUCACUUGGCAAACAUUUGCACCCCCAUUUUAGGAAGAAUCAAUAGGAAGAACUGUUGUUCACCCUGGUGUUAACACUGAAAAUUAGCCUUGGAAUGAAGAAUGAGGCAGUGACUAAACCCUGCCUUUUCCCAUGGGUUACGCUUACUUUAGGAAAUAGGAAUAUGAUAGAGGAGGGAAAAGGAUGAUCAAAAACCAGGAAGUUUUUGAUAACCUAAACUAUAACCUUUGGCUACUGAUACAGAGUCCAUGAGAGCAGUAGUUGGGCAUUGUCUGUAGAUAAGAUGGUUUAUAUGAAGAAGUUAUAUCAAAGGAGGAAGGAAACUUACUCAAAAGAUGAAAAAAACCCAGAGAUCUUGUCUGAGCUUCUGGGAUGAGGCUCAGAGGCCUUGAAGACCAGUACUGUUUGUCAGUAUGUGGGGAUAGCUGUCACCAGACAGUGAACAGAAGUCAUUUUUGGUCUCAUGUGGGAUGAACAUGUAAAUAGUAUUCUGGCAUCAGGCAACGCAGAGCAAACAAUUGUGCCCUGUCAUUUUGGAGGUAAUUUCUGUCCAGUCUCCGGAUCUUGUGCACAAUAAUGGGAAACCGAACAUCACCGAGAAAUUCCUGUAUUAGGAGUCAGUUCUUUACCUCUCAGACAUUCCUCAACUGUCUAUGAUGUCAAGAUACUUCUUUUGAAGUAGUCCUGGUUAACAUUAUGUAAGUGCCUUCCUGACUUCUUCACCACCUCCUCCGUUUGAGUUGUGCAACAGUGAAUUAAAUAUGCUUUCUAAAAAGGAUUGGCCUAA